GUACAUGACAUAUAAUCUUAUCAUAAUAUCAAAGUGCAUGAAACUCCAUGUCUUUGAUCCUCACGAAAGUAUUCCUUUCUUCUUCACUGAUUUUCUUUCUAACAAAUUACAUAGUAUUAUCAUUAGGUAUUGGGGUUUUGGAAGAUCAUAAAACCUUAAUUUUCCACCAUUGUUCAUCCCAAAAACUCGAAGAUCCUAAUGGAGAAUACAUGGAUGCACAAAAGAAACUUUUUAAGAAGCUUCAAUCUCAAUCCUCUCAAUCCAAAUUUAGUAGAACAUUCAUCAUGGUUGGAGAUCACUUUGAAGCCUCUCUUUCAGGUCGUUUUCAAUGUCGCCAAGAUUUAGAUGAUCAUAAAUGUAAUGAGUGCAUGAAGACCUUCCAAAACGUCUCAUCAAAUGGCUUUUGUGGUAAUUCCAUGGCUGCAAGAAUCCAACUCUCAGGGUGCCAUGUACAAUAUGAAGCAGACGUGUACAAUGACAUCUUUAGCCUUGAUGAUGAAUUGAACAAUAAGAAGUCCUGUGGGGAAAACCAAGCAGUGAUGUCAAGUGAGUAUUUUGAGCAGAUGAAGAGCCAAGCACUGGUGGCGCUGGAAAGCGAGGUCGCCGGCGGUGGCGGCGAUGGUAAUAAUGGGUUUUACUCCAUCAAGCAUGAAGGGUUCCAUGCCAUGGUUCAAUGUGAGGUGGGGAUAGAUGAGUGUAAAUGUGCAACAUGUGUAGUUGAUGCUGUUGAGGCUCUUGAGAAGGAGUGUGUGAGUUCCAUUUCUGGUCAAGUUUACUUGGGUUUGUGUUACUUGAGCUAUGAGUUCAACCCACAUGAAAUUCAUGGUGCCUUUCAUGCAGAGGAAAAACACAAGGCUGGUUUUGGGAAGAUAGUGGCAAUCGCAAUUGGAGGGGUAGCCCUUUUGUUCAUCGUCCUUUUGUUAUUCCGAUGCUUGAAGAAGAAGGAUGAUGAUUGGUGAAGAGUUGGUCACUGACUACUUUGGGGGGAGCAGUGCCAAGCUAAUGCAAGUGUUUUGAAUUUCCUUUCGUUAAAGAUAUCAAAGACAAAGUAAUUAAGAAGCUAAGUUAAGUGGUUAAAGCUCUGACAAAUGUGAAAAAUCUUGUUUGAUUAACGACAUUUUAAGCGGAGGUUGAGACGGAGAAUAGUUGUGAGAUUUGGGAUGCAAGCUAAUCCAAGCUGGAGAACGAGUCUUAUUUGUACACAUUGCGAUCUCAUUUCUAAGGAACUGACACUUGACGCCUCUUUUGAAUGUCAAUUUUUUCUUCGUAAGUUUAUGUGUAUAAUGAUUUUAUGUUGUAGAGGGGAAAUAUGUAAAUUUAAAAGCGACACUAUUGCUCUCACUUAGCUUAUGUAGUAGAGAUUUUUGGAUCAACUUUUGAAUUAUUUAGGAACUUUUUCGAUUACUUUUUUUUUUAUGUAAUGUGUUUUUUUGCCGUUUUUUCACCAAAGAAAUUUGUAAUUAUUUAAGAAAUCUCAACAUGUAUAUGAAUGGGUCCUAAGUCUACUAUGUUACCCAUA